AUGGAAAAUAGGAAGAUUAAGAUUGGGGAUGAAUGGGGGGAGAAGAGGAAGGUAGAGAAUUUAGAAGAUGAGCUAAGUCCAUUUAGUCUGAGGAGAUGGGAAAGAAGGAAGAAGAGGAUAAUUGAGCCUCUUGGGGCAGUUUAUCAAGGCAAUAUAUCAGAAACAGCUUUGCAUCUACAUUCUAGAAGAGGUAAAUUCGAACAAUUGUUCUGAAAGAUCGGGAUCCAAGAAUGCAUGUUCAGAAAAACCAAACGCUCGGAGAAAGAACGGUCUGUGACUUUCCCUGAUGUGAGAAGAAUCCUCCGCAAGAAUGGACCUGAUAGGAAAUAUUCUCAUAUUCAAGACUUGGCUUAUUAUUUUAGGAACCAGCCUUACUUUGUGCAAUAUGAGGAAGAAAAUGGGGUUGAUAAUCUCCACUUGUUGUUUAGAGCCAUGAAAUUCCAGACGGUGGACAAAGAUAAAUUUGUAAUAAAAUAUGGGGAAAUUGGCACUAAAUUUUACAUCAUCCUCCGUGGCUCUGUCAGUGUCAGAAUCCCUUCCAGGUUGACCAUGGACUUCUCCUUCAGAUCUCUACUAGAGAUGAUAGUUGAAAACAAGGAGUGGAUCAUUGAUAAUGAGAGGUUCAUUGGUAUCUUGAUGGUUAUUCAGCGACUCAUCCCAGAGAUCGUAGAGACAAGCUACAAAAUAAAACUUAAUUACAAGCUCACUAAGAAAAUACUUAAAGGAGAACGUGUAGAUUCUUUCAAGCGGUACGGAAACAGGUUCCCUGGUUUUCAAGAUUUACAGUAUGAUGACCCUUAUUAUGAAGCACCAGAGGAAGAUUCCAAAGAAAUGAGCUUUGACCUUAUGCACAAAGUUGCUACUCUCAGUGUUGGCUUUGCGUUUGGAGAACUAGCCCUUAUGAAUAACUCUCCUAGAGCAGCCACAAUCCAAACAGAAGAGGAUUGCCAAUUUGCUAUCAUUAAUAAAAUCGACUUCAAAGUAAUUAUGGAUAGGAUCUUCAAAUAAAAGGUAUGCAGACACAGUAAGUUUCCUGUCAGAGUUUUCCUUUCUGGACUACCUCACCAGAAAAACCAAGGAAAGAUUAUGCCAUCACUUAAUCCUUGAGAAAUGUGGAGUUGAGCAGAAAAUACUUACAGAAGGAGAACCCUUGGAAUAUAUUUACCUUAUCAAAAAGGGUGAGUUUGAAGUCACCAAAUCUGUCUUUAUCAACCCAGAAUUAGCACAAGACAAUCCUCAAAAGCUAAAAUAUCUAAAACUUUAUACAAGGAAGCAAGUAGACUUUUUGAGAAAACUAAAAGACUCUGGCCUCAAAUAUCUAGUUACAAAGGAGAAUAUCCCUGUUGAGAAGAUCAAAGAGGGAGAUAACUACCAGAAGAAGACUAUCAAGAUCUCCAAGAUUGGAGAUUUAGAGUGCUUCGGGCUUAUAGAAGCUGUCCUUUCUUGACCGUACUCAGUGACUAGUAUCAAAUGCAUGGCCAAAGACUCUGAAGUAUAUAAAAUAAAGAGAGAGGAGUUCUUCAUUAAAGUGCAAGCAUGCUCAGAGAUCCUAAUUGAUACAGUUAAGCAAAGAAUGAUUCUGCUCUCUAAGAGAUUUUUAAAGGUUUACGAGACCUUAAACCAAAUUGAUAACAACCUACCUGAGACUAUUGUAUGUGACUAUAAUCCUCCUCCUACUAAGGCCUGUCCUUGGCAAAGGGCUCCGGCACCAUCAAGACGUCCAAUAGUUGAAGAUAUUGUAGAGGAGAAGGAAAAACCCAAAGUGUCAUUCGAUUAUCACUCAAUAACAAGGAUUGAUAAGCAAAAUAAGAGCCACAACUUAAAGGCUGCAACCAGUCCACAAAAUAUGGACUUGAACACUGAAAUGAACGACAAUAUAGAGAAUGAGAAUUUUGGCCUCUCUCCUAUGAUAGCCAGGAAAAAAAAUUAUCUGAAAGUGCAGUCUUUUUACGCAAAAGAACGGAGCAAAUCAAUGUCUGUGGCUCCUAGUCCAAGAGAUCUCCCUCUGGAUCAGAUCCAGAAGAAAGAUGUGAUCAUUUGUGACAAGGACAUUCAUAAAUUCCAGAAAGUGAAUUCAAAAGCAAGAAUCAGCACAUUUAGAAAACAAAAUAAGCCUUCUAAGACUGUCGAUGAGAAGCCACUUCCAGAUGUGAGCUCCAAUUCAGAGUCUCUCAGCUCACAUAAAAGCAAAAAGCAGAAAUUGAGCUUUAUAAAAAUCAUCAGUGAGAAGAAAUGUACAGCAGAGAAUAUCUUGCCGAAGAAAGAGGAGCGUUCUAAUAAUACUCAAAUCUUAAAAAGUAACCUAUUCAAACCACAGAAAAUGAUUCAUUACAAAGUGUUGAGUCCUAAAAGUAUUGCACUGGAGGGCGACCUGAAGCCUAAGUUUAGUAGGAGCAACAAAUCUCAGCUAAAGUUCUUAAAAAUAAACCAAGGGAUUGAUUUGAUCUCUUUUCUUCCAAAAAUAUCUUCAAAAUCUACCAGGAACUACUCUGAUUCAAUAAAGAAGAGUUGAGAGACAGAUAGAGGGCCUAAAGCAAGCCCCAAGAUAUGCUUGAGUCCUAAAUCAGAAAGAAGGAAAAUAUUUUUAACAAGGGAGGAUUAUAUGACAACAAAGAAGCUAUCAACACCUUUUAAAAGGUCUCGAUUACAGAGACCAUUGAUCUACAGUCACAAGAAACCUGCUCAGCACCCAUCCCCUAGCAAUAGCACUGGAAUUGCUUCUGUUAAGGUAGAAGUAAAAGAGUCCAAAACUUCUAAAGAGAAGGCCUCUCUUGCUCAGAAGUCAAGGACCCAAAAAUAUUUGAUGAGAAUCCAAUCUUUGAAUAAUUAUUAA